UUUGUUAGCUAGUUGUCGUGGAAACAAGCUAAAUGGAGGGAUUUUGAAGCUAGUUAAGGACAGUGUCGGUGUCGAGAAGGAGUCCAUAUCGACUGCCUACAUCUUUGCACGAAUGAGCCAGUUUGCAAACUAGUUAAACCUAGCGAGAGUUAUCUGUAGCAACACCUUGGCUUCAAACUGCAAAGUUAUUAUUGAGUCGCUAACUAACGUAGAUAGUACUCUGGCUGUGUGCGCGGGGAAGGGCCCUGAAGAGCUGGAAAAGUAAGUAUAAUCGACAACAUCAUGACCCAACAAGGAGCAGCGCUACAAACCUACAACAAUGAGCUUGUCAAGUGUAUCGAGGAGCUGUGCUCUAAGAGGGAUGAGUUGAACCGUCAGAUACAGCUGGAGGAGGAGGAGAAGGGUCGUCUACAACACGACAUUCGUGUCCUCACUGAGAAGCUAAGCCGCGUCAAUGAGAGCUUGGCCAGACGACUCACCGCCCGCGCUGACUUUGACCGCACCAUCGCUGAGACUGAGGCUGCCUAUAUGAAGAUUCUGGAGAGCUCUCAGACACUGCUGAGUGUACUAAAGAAGGAAGCGGGAAAUCUCGGCAAAGCCACUGAACCCAGAGGGAAAGACCACUGACGUCCAGACUACCUUCCCUCUCACCCAGAUACCAGCACUUCCCAUCACCAUCUUAUCUAGAACUGUUUGUAAUAUAUUUAUGUAAAAAUGUUUUGAAUGUCUAAUUCUGCUCUUUACUGGUGUACUUUAUAUCAAUUGAAUUAUUUUAAUAAAGUUUGAAGAUUCCCUUCACAUUUGCCAUGUAUGGAACCAACUCAAAAGCAACUCAAAAGUAAUUCAAUUUGUUGUGAGUGCUGUGUCUUUCAACAAAUACGCACACUCGGAUGAUUCUGCCUUCACAUGAGGGCUGGAGACUAGUCUGACACUCUGCACCAGAAACUAUUCACACUGUCAAGGCUUCAUCUAUUUAUUGAACUUUCAUUUGUACAGUUGACAUCUUUUUUUCCCCCCAAAUCAUUGACAACUACACAUUUUACAGUAAGCACAUCUUUGAUGCUGGAGAUUAAUAGUGUAGCUGGAAGCCUCGUCUUUCUUAACAGGAAUAUACAAUGGUCCCAGGCUUCAAUAUUCUUUCAAGUGAAUCCGUCUCAUCCUAAUCUUGCUGGUGUCACUGAAACAUGCCAUUAUAAAGCCCUGGCUCUUGGUCCCCUGAUUCAAUUAAAGGCACAAUUCCCGGGAAAAGCUGCUGGCCUACUUAGGGAUUUGGUCCUAAAUGCAGCAGUUGGCACAGAUGAAUGGCAGGUGUGCUCUAUGGGAUUCUGUGGACACUAACCAGUUAUCAUUCCCUGGUUUCCCCAAAAGGGUUGUGGCAGAAACAGAUCAUGCAUUCCUUGUUUCUCAUCGACAUACAGUACAUUGAUUGAGGAACACUUUCACCUUGCCUGUAUUUGAGGUUUAAAAUAAAAUUGACAAGUGUCUAAUCAUGAAACAGAGUAUAGAAAUGUUGCCAGUCCUGUAAUCUAAACCUCUUCCUUUGAAGAUAUUCAAAAAGCAAUACAUUGGAGUAUAUAAACUGUACAUCAAUACUGUCCGAAGGAAUA